AUGCAGUUAGACCCUUCUUCUGUGUAUUCUUCAGAUGAACCAAUAGAGUAUUAUGAAGAAUCUAAUGAACAUUCUUUUGAAGAAGACAAUAUUAGUUACUAUGAUGAACCUGCUAUAUAUUCUUCGGAAGAAUUAGAUGAAGAUAUAAAUUCUUGUGAAGAGUUUACUUCUGAAACUUCUAGCAAUAGUAUUAAUUCUUGCGAUGAAUUAAGCAGUGAUAGUUUAUCAACAUCAGUUGAAAAUGAAUUUUUUGAAGAUAUUGCCGACAAAGCUUUAGAUCUGAAUAAAUUGUCACAAAAUAUUGCUACCAAUGCUUAUGAUGAACUUGUUGAAAUACUUUAUCAUCCCCAAUUCAAUCUUAAUCAUAUGAUUAAAAAUAUUCGAUUCUUUAGAUGUUGGAAGCAAAGACUUCCUCUUAUGCCAAUAUACUUAAGAUCUAUUAAUAUUUCAACUAUGAAGACUUCUUCAAAGUCUAACAAAAUUAAAAAAUGCUAUUAUUUGUCGAUUAAAGACAUAAUUUGA